CAUGAUGGAAUUCGCAAAGAAAAGAUAUGCCCAGUCAAAGACUGCUUUUUUAGCACAUCAAGCAACAAAGAUUUGAAUCGCCAUAUUCGCAAACAUACAGGUGAGAAACCCUAUAGAUGUGAUGAGUGUGGCACAUGCUUUUCUCGUGGUGACAAGCUAAAGUCCACCGAAGGAUCCACACAAAUUCAAGACCAUAUUUAUGUGAUGAACUGGAUGCCAGUAUAG